CGUGACCAUAUUUGCCAACACAUGCCUACACACACACACACAUAUAUAUAUAUAUAUAUACUAACAACAGUAUUUGUUCUCUACAGACAUCACUCAGAUUCUCUAAAUUUUUUUACAAGAAAUUUAGAAUUGUUAUCCUGCUUCAAACUCUCUGCCAAAACAUUCUCUUCUCUGCAAAUUCUAUGCCAUUUUAUUGAAGUUCAAUAAAAAUGGCUGCUUCUCUUAACUUCUACUCCCUCAUUUUUAAUUGCAGUAGUUUAAUAGCAAAUAUUAGUAUUCUCAUAAUCUUUUGUCUGUCUUUAAAUGCAGGAAAUUCAAGAGCAGCAUCGACCCAUUACAGCAUCAAUUCAGCUACCAAUAAAUCUGGGGUUUCCAAUUCCAGCAAGCACCACCACAAAUGGGUGGGGCCCUCCGGCCACCGCGUCAUCACCGUCGACGUCAACGGCCUCGCAGACUACCCCACGGUUCAGGCGGCAGUCGACGCCGUCCCUCAGAAUAAUAUGAUGAAUGUCCUCAUCCUCAUCGCCGCUGGCUGUUACAUAGAAAAGGUGGUGGUUCCGGCGUCGAAGCCAUACAUAACGUUUCAAGGAGCGGGGAGGGAGACGACGGUCAUAGAGUGGCAUGAUAGGGCAAGUGACAAAGGAGCAGACGGCCAGCAGCUGCGAACUUAUCACACUGCUUCUGUCUCUGUUUAUGCGCCUUAUUUUACUGCCAGAAAUAUUAGUUUCAAGAACACUGCACCGGCACCAAUGCCGGGGAUGCAGGGAUGGCAGGCGGUGGCGUUCAGAAUUUCCGGCGACAAGGCCUUCUUCUCCGGCUGUGGUUUCUAUGGAGCGCAGGAUACUCUUUGCGACGACGCCGGCCGCCAUUAUUUCAAAGAAUGCUACAUUGAGGGUUCCAUAGACUUCAUUUUUGGCAAUGGCAGGUCCAUGUACAAAGAUUGUGAGCUGCACUCAAUAGCAACGAGAUUCGGGUCGAUAGCGGCCCAAGACAGAAACUCGCCCGAUGAGAAAACCGGGUUUGCAUUUCUAAAUUGUCGGGUCACCGGAACCGGCCCGCUCUACGUGGGCCGUGCAAUGGGCCAAUACUCCCGGAUCGUCUUCUCCUACACCUACUUCGACGACGUGGUUGCUCGCGGGGGAUGGGACGAUUGGGAUCACGUCAGCAACAAGAACAAGACUGUGUUUUUUGGAGUGUACAAGUGUUUUGGGCCGGGAGCAGCAGCAGUGCGUGGGGUAUCUUGGGCCCGAGAAUUGGACUACGAUACGGCCCAUCCAUUUCUUGCCAAGAGUUUUGUCAAUGGAAGGCACUGGAUUGCACCGUCAGAUGCUUGAUAUUUUUUAAUAAUUCAUUCUUUAAUUUUUUGCCCCACAUUUACUUGUAUAUUUAUUCUUUAUUCACUUCAAUUGUAUCAUUUAUUUAUUAAAUCCGAAUAAACUCCUAUAGGUGUAAUAUCAUUCUUUUUAGGCAUUAAUAUAUUGAAUUUACUUUUUAUUGAAA